AUGGAGCUGCUGGAAGGAAGUGAACUCUGCUUCCCACAGCUCCUCAACACUUCUUGCAGGAAGACCGUGCGUCCACAAUCUGCAGCCAUGCUCAUUUCCAUUCUGCUGUCUUUUAUUUCUCUGCUCACUGCAACUCUUAACCUGCUGGUCAUCAUCUCUAUCUCACACUACAAGCAGCUCCACACCCCCACCAACCUCCUCCUGCUCUCUCUGGCUGUCUCAGAUUUCUUCAUCAGCCUCCUGAUGUUGCUUCAAAUUAUGCUCAUAGACGGCUGCUGGUAUUUCGGUGACGUGUUGUGUGCUGUGUAUUAUGUUUCAGAUUAUGUUAUCACCUCAGCCUCCAUAGGAACCAUGGUGCUCAUAUCAGUCGAUCGAUAUUUGGCUAUAUGUGAUCCUAUGCAUUACUCCACCAAAGUCACACAACAAAGGGUUAAAAUCUGUGUUUCUAUAUGCUGGGUAUGCGCCACUGUUUUUCACACUGUGCGCUUUAAGAAUAACCUGAAGCAAGUGGGCAGGUUUAACUCCUGCGUUGGACAAUGUGUGCUGGUCAUUGAUUAUGCUGCUGGACUUUCAGAUCUCAUUUUGUCUUUCAUCGGUCCUGUCACUGUCAUCGUUAUUCUGUACAUGAGAGUGUUUGUGGUGGCUGUGUCUCAGGCUCAAGCCAUGCGCUCUCACAUUAUAGCUGUCUCACUCACGGUUACACGCACCUCAGUGGGUGUAAUGGCGAAGAAAUCGGAGCUGAAAGCAGCCAGGACCCUUGGGAUUGUUAUUGUCGUGUUUCUGAUAUGCCUCUGCCCAUAUUAUUGUGUCACACUUACAGGCCAGGAAGCCAUGAUUAAUGCUUCAUCAGCAGUCUUUAUAAUAUGUCUGUUCUAUUUUAACUCCUGUCUGAACCCUCUCAUCUACGCCCUGUUUUACCCCUGGUUUAGAAAGUCUAUCAAACUCAUUGUUACACUGCAGAUACUGAAGACUGACUCCAGUCAGGCCAACGUACUGUAA